GACGUGUCACACAUGUGUUGUGUUGCUGUGUGGAGCCACUGUGUAGCCUACAUGUAGCAUUGAGCAUUUUAACCGGUGUCUGCUUUAUUUCAAGAUAUAAUCAUGGUUGCGAAGAAGAAAGCUCCUAAAGUCGAGACAGUGGCCUUGGAUGAUGUCAAGCUGAAGAGCCUGAGAGAUGCCCUGUCUGUGCCUGGGGAUAUUGGAUCCACACAACUUGCUCAGGUGCUGAAGGACAGUUUAUCCUCCUCUGACCCAGUAGAGCAGAUCCAGUUCGUCUCUAAGGCAGGUUCUAUGUUGGAGCAGUUAAGAAAGGAUGAGUCCCCUUUCGGUCCUUUACUGCAGGCCUGCCUGAACACACUAGCGUUCAUAUACACCAAACUGCCAGCCAAGAAUCCACUGAAGAGAGCCGUAGCAAGUGCACUAAGUAGUGGCCCAGACUGGCUACAGGAGGAGACGGUUGGAUGUCUGUCAGAGUGCCUUUCUUCAUCUCUCUCCUCUGGAAGCACAGAUCACUACUCUCACCUAACAGAUUGCAUCACUUCCUGUCUGGAUGGCUUCCCAAUUGGUGAGAAAUGUAUUCACCGUUUGAUAACAGAAGUCCUCCAGUUUUUCCAGAGGGCCUUGAGUUAUUAUGUGGAGAAGAAUAGUGGUCUGGCUGGUCGUCACGUUGCUCAGGCUCAGUUGAUGCAGUCUUGUCUAGCGGUUGUGAAGACCUCAAUGCUGGUGGUCCAAAGAUCUCAGCAGCCCAUUAGUGCUGCACUGCUUUCAGCUUCAAGUCAAUGUGAACUACAGCAAACGCUCAGUGGACUACUGAACUGCUAUACAUGUAUUUUGACUGACGAGGAGUUUGUUCAGUCAGUCCAGAGCACCGCUGGUAUGGCUGUUGUUUUGCUCACCAGAUCUGUUAUGGGAAAUGGAGAUGAUGUGUCUGUCUUGGUUGCAGGUCUCCUGCAGUGUACAGUGGAGACAGGCAGUACUACCCCUGAGUGGUUGAUCCAGAGCUGUGCAGGACUGUUUGAAAGUGGCAGGCCUGCAACAGUAGCUCUGUAUCUGAGUCAUGGAGCUCUGGCUAUGCUCAGCUGGAAAGGAAGGACUCUCGGUCCACAGGCAGAGAAACUGCUACUGCUCAUACCUGAAGUGCUCCUGUCUUUAGAUAUAAGAGUGAAGGAGUCCAGCACGGUGAUGGUAGUGGCUCGAGUUUUGACUCUUUGGAGUGGCGCUGCGGUCGACUGCGUCCAGGUGGACACCUGCUCCCCUCUCCUUCGCCUCUCCCUGGUCGGAGACUCUCCUCUAACCACACGCCUCCACCACCACAUCUACACCUACUGGGAGCACCCGCUGGAUGGGGUCCGUCACCAAACACGCUCUCUUUUUCAAAACCUCCUUGUUCUCCACCAGCAUUGCAGUGAUUAUAAGUCCGAUCCCAUCAGUGACCCUUACAUCACCCAGCUCACCCGGAACCUUCUAGCACUGGAGUGGCACAUGAAAGGGAAGUACGGUACUCUGGCCUGUCUGGUGGAGCAUUUAGAAGCAGAGUAUCUUCUAAAGCUUGAUGCUGGUCUGCCAUCCAGACUGCUGGUUCUGAUGGGGGAUCAGACAGUGGCACCUUACGCCAGUGAUCUGCUGGAGAAGCUGUUUGUGAGUCAUAAGGCCCAGUUGUGUGCCCGCUUUGGGGAUGGGCAUACCUGGUUAGAUGGGUGGCAUGAGACUUGGGUUUCUCCUCUGCUGCAGAUACUGUGCACAGCCCGACUGGAUCAAACCACAUAUAUACUAGACUACUUCCUACCAAAGCUGUUACGCUGCAACCCCUCCAGCCUUAGUCACAUGGUACAGGCACUGCAGGAGAUGCCAUCUUGCAAAGAGGGGUUGGCUGGUAGCAGAGGUGCACUGGGUGCUUUGAUGACGUGUCUGCGUGCUGCCAGAGCUCAGGGUGUUCUCAAGUCUAUAGAGGAGGAGUUGUGGGGUGGCCUGGUACCCCUACCACUAAUGCAACAGGCACUGGUGCACAAACAUGAUCAGGUGCGAAUGGAUGCUCUGGGUUUGGUAUGUGAGAGUCAUCGCAGCACAGAAACUCUCUCCAGACAGGAAAUGGAUCUGAUCCGCCACUUCCUGCCCUUUAAUCUGAAUACCCAAUCACCAGGAGUAAGACAGCAGACGGUCAGUCUGUUAAAGAAGCUCUUGUGUAGGAUGAAGGACAGUGCUCAGCUACUGCACAAAAGAAUGUAUCAGCAUCGAAGUGACAACGAUCAUCAAGUCCUCAACAUGUACCAGGAGUUCCUGCGCUGGUUCUGCGAGACCCUGUUCCAGGUGCUUCACCCAGGAGCCUCGUUCUCCAGGUGUCUGAUGGCUCUGCACCUGCUGGGGCUAAUCGCUGAACAUUUCACCUUCAACACCGGCUCUGUUGGUUUUACUCUUGGAGAGUCAGUGAGUGUAUCUCAUGCUCAAGCUGUGCUGUGCUGUCUCGCGAGCAACUUUCUGGAGGUGAAACAGCUUGCCUGCAACCUCUUACAAAAACUGCCCCCCACAGCAGUGCAACUCCAGGAACCGGAGAGACUGCAGCAUUUGCUGCAGGUGGCUCUGGAUCUCAGCACCAGCACUAAACCCUUUGACAGCGUAACUGCUGCUCACCUUUUCAACCUGCUGCUCCAUCAGCAGGGCCUCCAGGACGCUUUACACAGCUGUACGCAGAAGCAAGAAGCCCUGCUCCAGCCACCAGCACUGAUCCAGUCUGAGACAUCUGAGGCUUCUAUACUGGAGCAGAACACACUUGCAGUGGUGCGUUGGCUGAUGGUUUGUCUGAAGGAAGAGAUUGUGAAGGCUGAGUCGUCUCUUCUGCGGGCCGCUGCCUCCUGUCCUUUAUAUGGCAGAGCUCACUGUAUCACUGCAGUCCUGCAACAGCUCAACACUGGAUCACUGGUGCUGCUGUCUCAAUGGAGGGUUGUUGUAUCAGAGCUCAUAGCUCUGUGCUACAUGUUGUCUGAUGUCGUGUCACCUGUGGUUCAGAGCUCUUCCCCUGAGGGCCUCAUUCCCAUGGAUACAGAAUCUGAGACCUCUGCUGGCCUGCAGAGAAUCCUGCAGGAGAUCCAGCCUCAUGACACCAAUGACUUUUUCACCAGUGCCAGAGAGCUUGACUCCAAUGAGAGCAAGCAGAAGGAGGAUAAACAAAAAGCCAGCAACAAUGGUAGUGGUGGUGAAGAAGCACUUCGAGUCACCGCUCAGAUGGUGUUGGUGUGUUGCUGGAGGUCCAUGAAAGAGGUGUCCAUGUUACUUGGUCAUGUGUGUCAGAGCAUGCCUCUGAGCUCUCCUCAUACACACACUGAUGACCGAGGAGUCAUCACAGAGGAGCAGGUGGAGGCUGUAGGGAAGUAUUUUCGGGAGCAGUUACUGCAGUCUCGUCACAGGGGGGCAUUUGAACUGGCAUACGUGGGCUUUGUUCGGCUCACUGAGAUGCUCUGCAGGAGUGGAAGUGCUACGCUCCAGCAGCUCCCAGCACACUGGCUGAAGGAAGUUCUUGAGGAGGUGAAGUGCAGCGACCCCUCCUCUAAGCUCUGCGCGACCCGCCGCAGUGCAGGAAUACCUUUCUAUAUUCAGGCCCUGCUGUCAUCUGAGCCCAAGUCCUCCAGCUGUAGACUUCUGAAAAUGACCAUGAGAUCUCUGACAACAUUGGCCAUGCCCUCUGAUGAUGGAGCUACUGAUAGCAGCACUGUGCCUCAGGUCCACGCUCUGAAUAUCCUGCGGGCUCUGUAUCGAGAUACGCGUCUGGGAGAGAACAUUGUGCCUUUUGUGUCAGAGGGCAUGCAAGCUGCAAUUCUGGGGUUCACCUCUCCUGUGUGGGCUGUAAGGAACUCCUCGACUCUUCUGUUCAGCACUCUCAUUACAAGGAUAUUCGGGGUGAAGAAAGGAAAGGAUGAACACUCCAAAAAGAACAGGAUGACAGGCAGAGAGUUUUUUACUCGUUUUCCCACCCUCUAUCCUUUCCUCCUCAGUCAGCUACAGGAAGCUGCAGCUUCAGUCAACAGUGAUUCAGGGCAAGUCAAACUGCACCCCAGUCUUUUCUUGUUGUUGUUGGUUUUAGGACGUCUCUACCCGUCUCCUAUGGAUGGUUCAUCCUCCCCUCUGGGCUUAGCUCCCUUCAUGCCCUUAAUCAUCAGAUGUAGUCGAUCUGCUGUAUACCGUACUCGUGAAAUGGCCGCGAGAGCCCUGGUUCCAUUUGUUCUGGUGACCCAAGUUCCCUCCACCAUCCAGACUCUACUGGAGGAGCUGCCUCAAGAACCUGGACCAGGAAUCCAACAGAACCACAUACAUGGAACAUUGCUGCAGGUGCUGUCGCUGCUACGUUCCUACCUGACAGACACACACAGACCCCAGUCUGGAAGUGAGGAUGACUGUGACAUCUCCCAUGCCCUGUUUCCACGGCUGUGGCUCGCCACAAGACGGAAUCCAUGUCUGGUGACACGUGGUGCAUUUCUAGACCUGCUGGGCUGUCUUUGUGGUUAUCUUCCUGUUCCUGUCUCAGAUUCUCAGCUGAAUAAGCUACGUAAAGAAACUCUGCACAUUCUGAUGGUCUCAGAACUUGUGGCUACUGAAGGACCCCGUGAGAUAAAUGUAUCAGUUCCUGGCACCACACAGUACCUGCAGAGUCUGGCUCAUAUAGCCAUCAGCAUCUGUGUGGAAUCGCCUCAGUUGUGGGAGUGUCCUGAUUCUGACGGGCUACAGAGAGAUCUCCUGAUGUGUAUGCUGCAGUGCCAGCACUAUGAGGUUCGACUGUUUGCCCUGGAUCAGCUCCUCAAGAGACUUCAGAGGACACAGGAAGAGUCUCAACAUGGGGGUCAGGGCCUCAUGCUCUUUAACCUUGGUGUGUCCAGCCUAACCCACCUGGCCCUGCAUGAGACAUACCCUGGGUGUCAAGCAAAGGUUUUACAGGUUCUUGCUGCCCUCCCUCUGUCCUCUCUCCUGCCCUGGAGAGAUGGGACAAUGUCUCUGAGCUGUCAGGAGGUUCUUGAGCAUCUCGUCACACUGACUGAGACCUCUAAACACAGUGUGGAGCUCUACUGUGCUGCUCUCUCUCUAACGUCCCAACUGGUGGUGCACCUGGCUGAAUCAACACUGCAGCAGGAGCUCAGUGAGGAUGCAGUAGCCUGCUUAAGUCAAUGGGGGGCGUUGGUCGUGCAGGGCUGCGGUGAGGAGCAACCUGUAGAGGUCAAACUGAUGUCAGCGGAGGUGCUGGUGAAGGCCGUCCCCACCUUACUGACAGCACCAGCACUGCCUCUGGGUAUCACACACACUGUGGCAUUAUGGAGGAGUCUCUUUAUAUUAUUACAGGACGAAGAUCAGGACGUGAGGGACAGAGCUGCUGAUUUCACUUGCUAUAUCCCAGCCCACUUACACAACAAAGGUGUUACCUUGGGUGCAGUCUCUCCUCCUGUUGCCCUGGAGAUGGGGGUGGGUGUUCUGUGCCAGCUGUUCCAGAUGUGGGACCAGGUGUCUGCUGGCAUUGUAAACUUGAUAGAAUGGCUCCUGGGAGAUGAACAGUUGGAAACAAGUUCUGAGGAGUCACCUGAACUGGAUGAAGAGUUCCUUUUUGAGAAGGGAGAUCUAAACCUGUGGGCAGAGCCUAUGGUAUGGGCACGGAUGUUGCAUGGACACCUUUCUGCCCUCUUAAGUGUGCCACUCUCCCCUGGCGUGAGUCCUGCAGAGCUGGACAGAUUAGCAGCCAUUGCAAACCACAAUGCCCUGGCUGUUCAACAAGCAAUGAAAGCCCUCCCUACACUGCCCCAGUUUUCGGCCACCAUUGAGUAUGCCAAGAUAGUGUUGCUACAAGAGAGAACCUCACUCGCUCAGAAUCUUCAAAAAACACUGAGACAAGUUGACACUUCUCAGAUAAAUUUGUAAGAUACAGCUAUUAGUAGUAUAUUAUGAAAUUGUUUUAAUCUCAAAGUGGUUUUCCUGUUUAAGAGAAGUAGUGUGCACAGGCAUGACAUUGACCGCAAACUUUUUUUUAAUCGAAAUAAAGUGGUUUUAUUACAAUCAUUUGACUAUUUGCUUACUACAAUUGUGUGUAUGUUUGUGGGUUUACUUACAAGUAAUUAUUCUUUUGGGAUAUAUUUGUCACUAGAAGUUGGUCAAAUCUGACCAGAAACUAAUAUAUAUACAUACACACACACACACACACACACACACACACACA